GCGAAUGGCCUACACCAACCCUGACUUGGCUUUGGAAGAGAAGAACAAGGGCAACGAAUGCUUCCAGAAAGGGGACUACCCCCAGGCCAUGAAGCAUUAUACAGAAGCCAUUAAACGGAACCCAAGAGAUACCAAACUGUACAGUAACCGAGCUGCCCUGCUACACCAAGCUCCUGGAGUUUCAGCUGGCACUCAAGGACUGUGAGGAAUGCAUUCAGCUGGAGCCAACCUUCAUCAAGGGUUACACACGGAAAGCAGCUGCCCUGGAAGCCAUGAAGGACUAUACGAAAGCCAUGGAUGUGUACCAGAAGUCACUAGAGCUGAACUCAGCUGUAAGGAGGCAGCAGAUGGUUACCAGCACUGUAUGAUGGCACAGUACAACAGACAUGACAACCCUGAGGAUGUGAAGCGGCGGGCCAUGGCUGACCCUGAGGUGCAGCAGAUUAUGAGUGCCCCAGCCAUGAGACUCAUCCUGGAGCAGAUGCAAAAGGACCCCCAGGCUCUGUGCGAACAGUUAAAGAACCCUGUAAUAGCACAGAAGAUCCAGAAGCUGAUGGAGGUGGGUCUGAUCUCAAUUCGGUGAUAACUUGCUUUUCCCCUCUUCCCUUCGCCAAUGUGGAAAGGCGAGCUGGGAUGGUGGCGAGCAG